AGGCAAGUAGAAGCAGAGACAGGCCUUGCUUGACCACAGGACAUCGCUCCCCUACACCAUGGCUGAACCAAGAUCCAUGCACAGUGAACCCAUGCCAUUGGACAUGGAGAACCGUGACCCCAACAACAUGAAUGAGCAUGUCAGGGUGCUGUUUGAAGAUGCUUUUGGUGAGCCUGAAGGGUCUCAUAGCAUCCCUGGAGUAUGGGGGAUGUCCUUCAAGACCUUCAAUGGGGUGAAGAACUGCUGCUACCUAGUGCUGUCCAUACUGUGUGGAUGUCCCCUGGCCUUCUGCUGGGCUCUGGAUUUCGCUUGCAUUCAGUGCUGUCACAUCUGGAUGGUGGGACCCUGCGUGCACAUGUGGAAGAUGAACGUGUCCUGCUUGAAGAUGUUCUGGAGCUCCUGCGUACACUGCCUCUGUGACCCAUGUUGGGAAGCCUGUGGCCUGUGCCUAAGCCUCAUCCGUGUGCAAAACAAGAAUGGAUAAUAAGCAGAUGCCCUGCUCUAUACAUCCCCUUAAGUGCCAGCGAAACUCUUCUCAUAGACAUUUCUGAGUUCCCUCAGAAACCAGAACCAGUGCACUAGCGCAAGUAAAAUACCUCAUCAACCAUGUUAACCUCAUCAACCUAGGACCAGCCACUAGCAUAAGCAACUAUGUGGCUGCUACAUGCUUCGUAUACUUAAUGUAAACUCUAUAUUAUACCAUCGUGUCUUUAUUUCUAAUAAAGAGUUUUCUGUGCCAGCCUCA